AAUAAAAUAUCAGCUUGUAAUGUCAUGAUGAAUUUUGAAAAUAUUUCAGGCUUUGACAAAAUAAAAGCUUUUAUCAGAUCGAGGCUGUGGUUUAGUUAUCGGAAAAAUUUCCAGCCAAUUGGUGGGAAUGGACCAACCACUGAUCAAGGAUGGGGAUGUAUGUUGCGAUGUGGUCAAAUGCUGCUUGGUCAAGCAUUAAUAGUUUUGCAUCUUGGAUCAGAUUGGUUGUGGCAGACAGAUCCACGAAAUCGAACUUAUAUGAGAAUUUUGAAAAUGUUUCAGGAUAAAAAAGAAUGCAAUUUCUCAAUUCAUCAGAUUGCACAGAUGGGUGUAUCAGAAGGCAAACAGAUUGGUGAAUGGUUUGGACCCAAUACUGUGGCUCAAGUAUUAAAAAAAUUAGUCGUAUACGAUCGUUGGUCACGUAUUGCUGUUCACAUUGCUCUUGACAAUGUCCUGAUCAUGAGUGAUGUAAUGACAAUAGCUCAUUUGAAACCGCCGAUAGAAUUGUUGAAUUUAAAUGGCAAUGAGUGGAGGCCUCUUUUAUUAAUUGUUCCAUUAAGGCUUGGCCUUACAACAAUCAACAGAUGUUAUUUACCUGCUAUUCAGGAAUUUUUUAAAUUACCACACAGUCUUGGAAUUAUUGGAGGGCGUCCGAAUCAUGCUCUUUAUUUCAUCGGUAUUGCUGGUGAUCGAAUGAUAUAUCUUGAUCCACAUGUUUGUCAGGAUUAUGCUGAUUUGGAUAAAUUGCAUCUUGAAACUAUACAACUAACUACCGAACCAUUUGAAGAUAGUACUUAUCAUUGUCCAUUUAUUAUGAAUAUGCCAUAUGAAAACUUGGAUCCUUCUCUUGCUCUUGCAUUCAUUUGUAAAACAGAGAAAGAACUUAGCGAUCUUUGGAGAUUACUUAAAGAAAAUUUAUUAGUGGCAUCGUCACCUCCUCUUUUUGAACUCCUUGAAACUCGUCCUAAAGGUUUUCCCAAGUUCAUUCCAUAUUUUGGUGAAAAAGUGGUCAUUAAAGGUUAUACCGAUCUUGGAGAUGUUUACGACAGCUAUGAUGAAUUUGAAAUCUUAGAAUAG